UCAGUCUGCAGUGACCAAGUAGGGGUAGGCAGCUUUCCUGUUGUGAGAUUCUGCGCCCGCAGGCCAAUUUCCAACAGCAUAAUGGAUGCUCCGGUUCAACUCUCCUUCCCCCUUCCGCGGUCUAUAGACACGCGAAUCUAUCUCCACCUAACUGUCAAGUCAAAGGCGAUCGUGCUGUUCCUUACGACUGCGUCUUUGGAAGAUGCGGCCUCACCAUCCCCCCUAGGAUCUUUCGUUUAUGCUCUACCUGACAAAUACAAUCCCAGCCAGCCGUUGGCAACGGCUCUCUGCACCGUGGAGCCUACGAUCGAGUUCACUACAAGGCUUGCCAAGCUGCUGGCAAGGAAGACUCAACGCCCAGUUUACGUGGGCAACUCGAUAAGCCUCGCGAGCACCGGCCUGGGAGGGACUGUAGAGGAGGAAUUGGAUGCGUUUAAAAGGGUUGUCGAGGUCACUCUGGCUCAACUACGGCCGGUCAUCGAAGCUCAGGCUGCGCAAACUGCCUCCGACGGAGUUCGCCCGGGGCAGUAGUCAUGAAACGAUCACAUGUUUGGAAUAGAAAACCUACUCGCUAAGGCCGACUUGUUCCUGUUGAACGGGGGAAGCCACGGUGAUGAUGCAACCCUGGUUCCCACGAUUCCUCUCACUACGUCGAGGCCGCAAACUCGGUCAGAUGCAAGUCUUCGUACUGAGGUAAUCCGUACAGGGUUCGGAAUAUUCUUAACAGGUCGCCUAUUUCUGGCCGCCUGUUUCACCAUCACACUCAAGAAAUACAGGUUGGCCUGGUUUGGCACUCAGCCUCAUGCCUCACCUCUCGCACAAUGAUAAGAGUGUUCUCCAUAUGGGAACAAAUAAAUAAUAUACAGUCUGGACGACAAC